CUGUAUCGGCGGACCAAAAGAUGGGCGAGCCGUGAUGCUAGUUCAUGGUGUUCCUAAGACGAUGUUCGCUUGGAGAAAAGUCAUACCCUUCCUGACUCCAAGGUAUCGUGUCCUUGCUGUUGACGUGAGAGGAUUCGGAGACUCAGAGAGGCCACCGUCUGGAUAUGACUGUGGGACAAUAGCAUCCGAUCUAAUCAAAGUUGCUGAUGCAGCUGGGUUCGAUAAGUUUCGAGUAGUCGGAGAAGACUGGGGAGCUGCAUUUGCCUGGACACUGGCGGCAACAUACCAGGACCGUGUGGUCGGUCUGGUUUAUCAAGAAAUGAUUCUCCCCGGGCUUGGAUUUGAGGAGGGAUUCACAGCCACGGGUGGAACAGAAAAUCAACAGUUGAAGAUGUGGGAUACGAGGACGUUCUGGCACCUCGUAUUCUUUCGAGUUCCUGAUUAUCCAGAAAUGCUCAUUGCGGGCAGAGAACGAGAAUUCUGGACACAAUGGAUGAGGAGCGAAAUGCGUGACCCAUCUGCACUUACUCCAGAAGAUAUCGACGAAUACUCCAGGUGGACUGCUCUUCCUGGAGGUAUGAGAGCAAUAUGCGAAGUCUAUCGUGAAACUGAGAAAGGAGCACGCACGAACACGGAAUUAAUGACUGAAAAGCUUCAAAUGCCAAUCCUUGCUGUUGGGGGUGAUUUUUUCUUUGGAGAAGUUCCUCGGCGACAGAUGGAAAAGGUUGCAACGAAUGUUACUGGUGCAGUAAUUCACUCUGGGCAUAAUAUCGCUCUCGAAAAGCCAGAAGAGCUAGCUCGGGCGUACUUGGAGUUCUUUGAUACGUUUUAA